AUGGCAACGCGUAUACAGUUCCUUGGUCAUGUCAUCAGCGCAGAGGGCAUCCAGCCGGGCGAAGAGAAAACAAAGUGCAUAAACGACUUUCCGCAACCACGCACGCCAACGGAGGUGCGACAGUUUCUGGGUCUAGCCGGAUUCUUCCGGAAAUUCGUCAAAGGGUAUAGCAUCAUAGCCAAGCCAUUAGCCUCCUUACUCAAGAAGGAAGCAACGUUUGUAUGGGCCGAGGAACAGCAACAGGCAUUUACGAAUCUGAAGCAAGCUCUAACUACGCAACCAGUUCUUGUCAUGUUUGAUCCGACGAAGGAACAUUAG